AAGCAAACCUCAAUCGACUUCUUAGGCUCUCUGUCGGUUAGUUCUUCCUAGAACACUUAAUUAAAUCAGUCAAAUUUCAUGGUGUGAAUAUCUCAUUUAUCUGCCAUAUUCUUUUGCAAUCACAUCUCUGAUAAUAAAACAACAAAAAACAAAAAAAAAGGAACCAUGUAUAAAGAAAAUAAAUACAGUACAAUUUUAUAUCUCCAAAGUUGGUGAUGGUGAGAUAUAUGUAUUGGUAAAUUUCAGGAGGGUACUGUUACAAUGGCGGCUGAUCAAAGCUUCAGCUUUUGAAAUUUCCUUAUCGACAUAUAAAACCCUCAUCCCUUCAUUUCAAAACAAAGGCUCUCCUUCAAUUUUUGCGGCCAAAUCCCCUUAACAGGGUAAGUCAUUAUACAAUUUUUUUUCAAUAAAAAAAAAAAAAAAAAAACCAAAGUUUACAUUGGAUUUCAUGUGCCCACUCAACAAGGUGGCGCAUCACAGAGGGUUAGGUGAGUACGUCAGGUUUCCUCCAGUUGGAGAUGGCGGUACUGAAGAAGAACAACAAGAAGAUAGCUACUCCCAAGAAAUACAAUCCCACUUAUCUCAAAUUCGAGAACUGAACCAGCCGAUGAUGCAAUAUAGGAACCAAGCAGAAAUGUUUUUUGGAACCCAGAGUCAAGGGACCGAGAUGUCUGCAAUUGUAUCUACCCUGACACAUGUUGUCUCAGGGCAAAGGACUGCUGAUUGGGGUUACGGUGCUAACUUAGCUGGCAUGGUCUCGUCUAGUUUUGGUCAUUCUGGCUCAGCCUCUUCUCCUUCUGCUGUUUAUUCUCCUCCUUCUGGUUCUGGUUCUGGUUCUCGUUCUGGUUCUGGUCUCUGGAUUGGUCAAAAAAGAGGGCGUGAAGGAGAGGUUACUGCUCAAUUGAUUGAGUCUGUACCAAGGGUUCAAAGAGCGUUUGCUGAUCUUAGAGGCUCUCAUGCCGAUUCAUCAUCUGGUGUAACUACUGUUACCGAAGAAACUAAAAACGUAGUUGCACCACCAAUAACAAGUGCACCUCCAACCACAUCAACAGAAAUAGCACCAUCAGCUUCCUAUGAAGAAACCGGCGAGCGGAGAAGGAGAUAUAGAGGCGUUAGGCAAAGGCCAUGGGGAAAAUGGGCAGCAGAAAUACGUGAUCCACACAAAGCAGCAAGAGUUUGGCUUGGUACAUUCGAUACAGCAGAAGCGGCAGCAAGAGCCUAUGAUGAAGCUGCCUUGAGAUUCAGGGGAAACAGGGCCAAGUUAAAUUUCCCGGAAAAUGUCAGGCUCGUUCCUCAACCAAUGCAGAAUUUUCCCGCUAUCCAAACAUCAGUUACUAGUUCUCAAACAACCCAUUUUCCAACAUCUCAUUCUGCGCCAAUGCCAUCAUAUUGCCAAACCCAAUCUCUUCAGAGCUCUAAUGCUGAUAUGCUGAGAGAUUAUUGGCAGUACUCUCAGUUGCUAAAGAGUUCUACUGAUUUACAUGGAAAACAAGCUACAACCUUGCUAGAGCAGAUGACUCAAUCUUCUCAGUUAGCUAAUAUUCAACAGCCAUUGCUAUCUUCUUCUUUGUCAUCUUUACCUUCUUCAUUUGCAGCUUCUUCAGCUCCCGGUUCUUCAUCAUCUUUCUCUGCUUCUUUUCCUCUGCUAUUCGCUGAGCAGCAACAAAUGGGCAUUUUCAGGCAGCCGUCUAAUCAAACUCAGGCUAGUGGGUCAGAUUUUCCGGUGCCGCCGUGGUCUCAUCCUAGUCAUUAUCCUCCAUCCACUGGUUUAUAGUAAUCCCAUUUUUUUACAAAAAAAAAAAAAUAAUAAUAAUAAUAAAAUAAUAUUUGAAAAUUUUAGGAUCCUUUCCUUUUUUUUUUUUUUUUUUGAACUUUAUAUUUGCAUGUAGCUAGAUUUGAUAUGGAUUAUUAUUCUCAUCAUUGUUAUUGUAAAGAAAAAAAAAAGAAUCAAAAGGAACGUUAAAAUUAGUCUAAAGUUCAAGAGGGGGAUAAAAACAAAGAGACAUUUAGGAUUUUAGGCAUAGUUGUGUUGUCAAGGAUUUGAUGUCUACUUUCCCUCGAUUAUCGAAUGAAAGAUGUAGAAACCAACAGCUUAUUUCAAGCUGUCUCUUGUUUGCUUUACAGCCAAAGAUUCAUUAAGAAUGUAAUUUGCUUUUUAAAAUCUUAUUGCGAUUUCUAAUUA